CAGGUUUAGCGCGCGCGCUACCCAAUAUCUACGCGGCUUUAUGUAUUUCCUGUAUGGACCGAAUAACAUACAUGGCUUUGCCUGAAGCACAAUGAGUCUUGCACUUGUAGAGCGUGUUCGAAACGGCCCGCCAAAGUAUGUUACAGUGGAUGCUGACAAUGUAGGUUUUAGCGAACGAUAUGCAGCAGGAGAUCACCUUGAGCACAGGCGCGCGAAAACAGGACACAACUCCUUACAUGCGGCUGUCGCUCUCAAAGGAGGGAACAUCGUUCAGGACUUCGGGGCCUCGGAGGAGCUGCGGGAGCCCAACUACCUGACCAUGCAGACUGGUCCCAACUCGCACAUCAUCCUGGAGCCCGCGUACCUACAGAACAUCAACCACUCCUGCGCGCCCAACACUUUCUGGAACACAACCACCAUGCAGUUCGAGGCACUGCAGGACGUGGCGCCCGGGGCCGAGCUGACAUUCUUCUACCCCUCCACCGAGUGGGACAUGGAGACGCCCUUCGACUGCUGCUGCGGGGCCGCCGGCUGCCUAGGCCGCAUAGCGGGGGCAAAGCACCUCAGCGACGAGCAGUUCGCGAGGUACCGCUUCAAUCAGCAUAUCCUGAGCGCGAGGGCAGCCGCCUAGUUAUCAAUACGACCACACUCAUUCCUUGCAAUUCACGUGGGUGCACACGAGCACGGCGGUGCAGGCAAACAGAAGCCGGCCGUGCGGCUGUGCAGUGCUGGCCGGCGGCGUUGGGAUGCUAGGCACGCGUGCGGGUGCCGUAGUGAUGCCAGUUGUAUUCUCUGGCGUCUUUGCGAGGACGAGACGGUGAUUUCGGGCACCGUGGUGACUUGUGUUGCAGUGUUGCGCUCAAGGGCUUGCAUCGUAGGUCAUGCAGGGUUGCAGGCAAGUGUGCUGGGGAGGGUCACAAUCCACGGCCAGGGGAAUCACAGUGUGUUUUAGUGGACUGUGGACGACGGCCAGACGCACGGCUCUAGUGCCGAGCAAUCGAGCAUAGCUUGAGUUUGGUGGGCCAAUUAAUCAGGGCCCCACCAAGCUGUGUGCUGCCUGUGAGCCCUGAUGAUCAGAACUGUGCACCUGGCAUUGCAGCGGCGGAGGCCAAACAUUUGGCAAUGCGGGUGAGUGCAGCAGAGGUGAUAUGCUCUGCCGCGUGUUUGAACAGAGGGGUCGUAAGGGAGGUAGGUCUAGGGUUGUUCCCCCCUCAGCGGAUUGGAUUUGACCCAAGCGUUUUGUACUGGCUCAACCCUAAUCACUAAGUUAGAGGAACACCGGCACAGUGCAAGUUUCAAGACAUGCAACCAG